AUGCAGUCCCCUGCUCAUCUCAUACAGUCCUUCAACGCCUUCGUUACGAUGGAACCAUCUCCUCUCAUGACUUUUGACGAAUUUGCUGCCUGCGAGGAAGCACGGAAGACCUUACUACGUUAUGAUUCGGAGCUGGAACCAAAGCCACAGCAUCCAUACUACCAAAUGGAGAAAGAGCGCAUUGAUACGCUUCUCAAAGAAUUCGGGCUUCCCAUCACUGGCGUACUACGAGGGGCUCCUCUUGAUGACAAAGAUUUGCAGCAUGUUCUACGCACAGCUGAGGCGCUCUCGCAUGUUUUACGAAGCAAACCUUUGAAGAUAGCAUUGGUUGGGGCUCAAGGCGCCGGAAAAUCACUGCUGAUCAAUGCCACAUUCGAAAUCACUGGUUUAUCGUUAACAGGUGCAGACGGUGCAGCUUGUACGAGCUCCAUCACCCGAUAUGCUUAUUAUCCGCCGAGUGCAAAUGCGAGGACCAAACUUCAUGCCGAAAUCAAGUUUCUCAGGCGCGAAAAGAGAAACGCUAUGCUGAAGGAGCAUGCCCGCCAUUACUAUGCCUACCAUCAUGCAGACAUUGAAUCUGAUGAUGAUGAAGAUUCUGCUCCCAAGGCUGCAGAGAAGACUAAUAUGGAUGUCAGCUUGAAAGAUACGGCACAAGACGUCUUUGAGAAUUUGUUUGGUUCUCGACAGGCACUCCAAGAUGCCUGGAAUGUACAGGACUACAGGAGUGGGGAGUUUCUUACCUUGCUUCAGUUCAAAUGCAACGAGGCAUUGCAAGAAGAGAAAGAUUAUGCUGACGGGACUGUGACGAGAAGUGCCGACGAUGCCAAAGAACUCACUGACAAGCUCCGCUCGUUCCUGACCACCAUCAAAGAUCAGCGUUGCCUAUGGCCGCUCGUAGAAGAAAUAAUUAUCAGAGUGCCUCAUGGAAUUCUUCAAGGGGGCCUUGAAAUCAUCGAUCUUCCAGGCUGGGGCGAUGUGAAUAGGACUAGAGUUCAACAUGCUGAAUCCAUCAAAGAUAUCGUCGAUGUUGAGAUUAUUGCAACGGACACAAGUCGUAUUUCUACGGAUAAGAAACUUAUUGAUGGUGCGCGAGCGGCUGUGGCACACCAUGGUGCAUCCGGCGUGAAGGUGGUGGCUACAAGGAUUGAUAGCUUGUCCAAAGACGAACUCUCACAAUGUUCCGGUCCAGAGUUCGACGAGGUCAAUCGCAGACUCAACGAAGUCGACGAACAGGAGAAUGCCAUGGAGGAUGCGGAUGACGAUUGCCCUGUCAAAACCAUGCUAUUGCGACAAUACAAGACAUACCUGGAACGUUACCGAAAGCAAAGGAAAAUAGCCCAGCGAUCUGCAAAUCUUACAGCUACCCUACCGACCUUGCUUCAAGGCGGAUCAUCGAAGGGCCUACCCGAACUGUAUCAUGUUUCGUCAGCAAAUUAUAUGGACUGGAUUCGGAAGCCGAAAUUGAGAUUUGAAAAUCAGCCCGCACUAACUCCUGAGAUGACUGGUAUACCUGCGAUUCGAGAGCUUCUUCGCACACUACCGGCUGGGCAGAACCUCCAAGACUAUGUUCGCCAUAUCAAAGGAACGAUCCCUGAGUUCAUCGAGAAGGUCAAGAGAACAGUGGCCAUUGAUGAACGCGAUGGAGGUUUCAAAGACAUAGCCGAAGAAUUCAACUCGAUUCGCGCCUCGUUCAUGUCAAGACUACUGUCACAAGCCCGGUUGUCGUUCCAGGAGGCUUCCACGAUUAGUAUGACCAAAAUCGGUAAAGACAUACCUACCUUCAAGGAACAAAUCGAAGAGAAAAUCAUGCAGAACUGGAUUCCUCUGAAAUGGAGUGCGUGGAAUCGGACCCUGAAAUGUCAAGGUGUGGUCAUGGAGGGUGCAUCCAAAGCACAAGGUCUUCAAAACGGCUGCAACUGGCCCCGAGAACUGGCAGCCAUACUCACGCCAGGAUUCAACAAGUGGUCAAACUUGCACAACCGACAUAUCAAGGAGACUUUCUCGUCCAUUUUCGCGGUGGCAUUAGCCUCGCUACACACAAAGGUCAUCACCAUGAUGGAGAAGUCAAGCGCAAACGUUGUCACCAUCGAGCGAUCCAAGUUGAAAUGGAAACCACUGCAAACACAGCUCCGGGCCAAGCUGAAAAUCAUGUCUCAGGACGCUCAAAAACUCGUGCAACUGAAGCAUGAAGCUGCUACGAUGGAAUACAGUCAAGAGCGAGCUCUCAUUACGUGCCUCACAGACGACAUGUUCUCCAAGAUCUUCGAAGCCAUUCCCGAUGAGAAAAACCCAGCCUCGUCCAAAUCUGAAAAGAAGAAAAGAAAGACAUAUGUCAUGUCAAAGUCCAAAUGGCAAAAGAAGUUGAUGGAAGAGCUGUUUCUAAGUCCAGACGCCCAUUUUGUCGAUCUUGUAUUCCGCUACUUCAAGAAGCAAUUCGACAACGAUAUGAACAAGCUGCUCGAGGAACACUUUGGCAGAAUCGACAACCACCUUUAUAAGUUCAGGGCCGCUUUGGCCGGCGAAGCUCCCAUUGACUACAAGUUGACCGAAACUGGCGUGGAGAUGCGUGUUGAAUUGGCAAAACAGCUCCCAGCGUUGGAAGCGAAGGCGGCUGAGCUGCAAAGUCUACUCCCCGAAGGUGUUGAAAUGGAAGAGGAUGCGGAUGAAUUCAUACCUGUCAAAGUUGAAGCCGAUGACAAUGAUGAGAGCGAUGAGAGCAAGGACAUGGUGUAUGCCGAGGAUGCUCUGGGUAGUAAGAAGAGGGCGGACUCGCUCCAAGUGACCAUGCCAAAGAGCAAACGCAUCAAGAGCGAAUUCCACUAA